AUGGCGAGCCUCACAUUCGACGACAUCCUCACCACCCUCCUCGGCCGCUCACCACCUCCACCCUUAUGUCAUCCACCCCACCCCUACUCCCUCUCCCUCCGCGCCUCUAUCUCCGCCCUCCAGCUUGACCCCCGUGUCGAAAUCGGCAUUCACCUCCUCAACGACGACCUCUACUCCGCGCACUUCCUCUGCCGGCACAUGCAAGGUGAACUCACCGGCGACUGGUGGCAUGGAAUCCUCCACCGCAUCGAAGGAGAUUACGAAAAUGCGAGAUGUUGGUACGAUGAUAUCAAGCAUCCCAUGUUGAGGGAGGUGCUUGAGGAUCCCAAGGGAUUUGUGGAUGGUAUUGAGAAUGUGAAGAAACAUCCGAAUUCGCCGAUGCCGACCGGGGAGGCGUUGGAGAAGUAUGAGGGGUUGAGAAAGAAGAGUUUGGAAGAGAUUAAGAGCGUACUAAGGUGGGCUGUUGAACAUUAUGGGAAGGAAGGCGGCGUGCAGGACGUGCGUGGUGUCUUGGAGGCACCGGGUGCUGUCGGCAGCGGAGACGGAUGCGUACGGGUCUGGAUUGACGUCCGUCCCAUUUGGAACGACUCUGAAUCGUUCAACAAAGCUCUCUUCCUGGUCCCAAAGACGCUACACGAAGACAUCCAGUCAUACCACUUCCCACAGGAUCAGAAGCAUGCACUUGCCUCUGCUCUCCUUCAGCACUACUUCCUCGCGGCGCAGUAUCACAUCCCUAUCUCACAAGUCAAGAUCAGUCGUGAUGAAGGUCGUCGUCCAUCCAUUGAUUUGAACGCAAGUGGGCUUGAUGCAAAGGAAAUGAAGGCAGUGGACUACAAUAUCUCACACCAAGAAGGCUAUGUCGCUCUAGUCGGUGACACUAAGGGUGGGAGACGGGUUGGUGUUGAUAUUGUUGUCUCGCAGUUUCCACCAGGAUUCAAGGAGAUGCCCAAAGACGACUCGUGGCUGGAUGACUUCCAGGAGGUGUUCUCGCAAGACGAGUUUAACAAUAUCAAAUCAGUUAAGGAUGCAAAGGAGAGGCUGAAAGUCUUUUACUGGCACUGGGCCUUGAAAGAGUCAUAUGUGAAGGCGACUGGAACCGGCCUAGUCACCAACCUCCCUGCCAUCAGUUUUGUAAAUGUUAGAGCAGGUAUUGGCGCGAAAGUUCAAGUCCAUGGUCAAGUUGAGCCGCGGUCUUUUGAACUUGUGGAGAUUGACCAGGACGUGUGGAUCGCAACUUGUACUCCACGCGCAGACACAUCCUGGACAAAUACUGCUGGGACGAAGGGCAAGUGGAGGAAAGCCAGCUGGGAAGAUGUGGUUCGUGGUGGAGCAUAUAGUGCGAGGGAAGAUCUGAAAGAGCAGAGCAAAGGCAUGACUCUCGGUGGUGAGGGGUGGAGGAAAUUCUGA